CGGACACAGAGCGUUGUGGAACAUUGGAGCAGAAAGCACGCACGGCGGGAUGGAUAGCGUGCGGUGGGCCCAGCCAGACCAAAGGGAAGUGGACGACGAGCACUGAGCCAAGCGACGAGCCGAUUCACCAUCGCCCGAAAAUUAGACAGAGGACGGCGAUCGCCGUGAAAAUUCCUGGUCGGAUUUGACAGAAUUUCAUGAAUUAAGAAUCGGCGGAGCUGGCAGGCGCGCACGCACGCAGUCAUGGCGGCCGCUCAGUGCUUCUGCAGCUUUCUCCCGGUGUCGACUCGAACAGUGUUCUCUUCUUCUCGCCGUCGUCUCGGUGCAAGAGCUUGCAGCGCUGACUCUCCCACUGCUUUCGAGACGAACCCUGUUGAUGCACCGGCUGUCGAAAAUCUUCCUACCUCUCUGGUCUCCAGAACUCCUCAGCUCGACUCUCUCGAAGGAACCGCAGGAGUUUUGAAGGUCAACCACUACUCAGUGCUGCGGGUGCCAGUCGGAGCCUCGACUUCACAGAUUGCGCAAGCCUUCAAGGAAAGAUGUGAAGAGGUGAUGCAAAACAGAGCUGUGGAUGACGAGGCAUCGAAAGCUGAGCUCCGAGCUUUACAGGCAUCUUUCGAGACUUUGUCUACAACGGAAGAAAGAAGAGUCUACGACUGGGCUCUCCAACGCUAUGAAAAUCGUGAGGGUGGUUACAUCUGGCCCUAUGAGACGGACAUCACACAGAAAUAUACGGGCAAAGAUACUCCAGCAGUGAUGAGGAGUUUUGAUGAAGAAGGAAACAAUAAGGUGGCAGCCUUCCUGCUGGGCUGGCUAGCUAUCUCCGUUCUCUUCAGUGUAACUAUGAAAACUUGGAUACCUUACGAUUUCAGUCCCUAGAUCUGAUCAGAUGAAUGUACAUGUCUUUACAUGCACAUGCCGUGUAAGUUUUGAAGACAUUAUUUAUCGUGUUUCAUCUACUGUGCAAUAAAACCAAUUUAGUGC